ACCCAUUAAUUUUCUUCCGCGGUAGACUGGUUUUUAAGAGUGUGGAAACAUGGCAGCGGUGGGUGAAGAUAAGGAGGGCGAAGAUGUCGACAGUCGCUCAUCGGACGCAUCUACGCCGGAACAAUGCGAAGAAUUUCGGCCUCGUUUCCGCGUCGAGGUACUCCAUAACGUCAUCAAGGAUGGAGAAAUCCUGAAGUACACCCUGAAUGUUACUGAUCUGGAGACGGGGUCAUUAGCGGCGACGGUGAAGCGUCAGUACGAGGACUUCGAGUACCUAGAGCACUGCGUAUCAACGUCGUCGCGGGUGGACGGAGUUGUGGCGCCGGCAAUGCCGCCGCGACCUCCAAUAGACGCCGCAAAGGCGGAAGAGGCGUCGCGGAGAGUGCUCGGCUCCUGUUCACGCGGGUUGUUGGGUGACGAGUAUCGUCGCAGUUGUCGACAACUUCAGCGCUAUGUAAAUGCUCUGCUGGAGCACCGGAUCUUGGGCAAAGACGUGGCCUUGAUGGAGUUCCUGACAAAACCGGAUCCUCCGGCGAGGGCAAAGGUGAAGAAGGGGAUCCUUGCCAGGUUGUCAGACUCAUUGGACGCCCGUCGCGCGACGCAUCCGGAUUGCGACGAGUUUUUUCAGAAGCAACGGGACUGGUUGACGCAGUUCGGGCCGAUGAUCAGCGACGCUAAUGACAAGUUCGAUGAUUUGGUCGCUGCCGAAUGCCGAAUGUGUGGGCAGCUGACGCAUUUAACAACAGCACUGAGCUUUUGUUUGUAUCCGAAUACUGGAGCCAACGCUUUCCAUAACCAGUUCCAGGCGCGGUUUUCUGAUGCCUUGGAAGCCGUGAAAGAAGGAUUCGAGGUGAUGGCGUACAACGACGAAGCAACGCUGAGUAUGUGUCUGGACUGGUAUGCGAGGUCGGUGGAGUCCCUCAACGGGAUGUUGUUCCGGAGAACGUGCUUGAUGGUGGACUACGAAACCUCGAACAAGAACCUGGAUCGGGCCAAACCACACAAGAAGGAAGCUGCAGAGAAGCUGAAGAAGGAUGCUGAGAAGGCGUUUGAAGAAUGUUCCGACGUUGCUAGUCUUGAGAUCAAGAAAUACCACAGGGCCAGGGUGCAGGAGAUGCAGGACGCCAUAUGUAAAUACGCGGAAGUCCAGGCGAUGACGUCCCGAGACACAUACGCUCUGCUCGCAUCGGCUUACGCAAAAUUCAAAGAGCUACCGUCGGCACUGAAUGGCAGCGUCGUCGGUAGUGCAUCUUGAAAAUCGGCGGGAAAGAGGAAGUAAUAUUUGUGGCGUACAGAAAGCUAAAAGAAGACUCGAGCACUCGUGUGUCUUCGUCUUCCUCGUCGCUUGGGCUAGGAUUUAACGACUGUUUUUGCCACCUUGCAUUGAUCGAUUGAGCGCUGAUGGUGAGUUCAAGUAAAGUUCAACCUUUUUCGUCUCCCGGUAGUAUUGUUGCCCGGAAAAAAAAUUGUCCAGUUUCAUAUGAGCUUGAGCGUGCAGUUUUAAGUCGAAGAGGGAUAAGAAAAGUUGCAGGUUUUAAGGUCAGUGACUGACUGAUGUGAUAUGUGCGCAGAAAGACUGCAUGCCACGGGGUAGGAAAACAUUAAUUUUCCAAGUUGAAUAUUCAGUAUCAUAAUAACGCCAGAAUGUCUUUUUUCGUAUGAUGAAAAAGUGAAGUAAUGUUAUUCUACGUUGACUGAACAUAUUAGGAACAUGUUGCAGAGGAAUAUUUUUUCCACGCAAUUUCAAAUUACUUGUUCAAACGAACGAAUGUGUAAUCAUGAGAAGUUGAGUUUGUGUGUUCUGCUGCUGAAGUCCAAAAAUUUAGCAGCUAUUACAGGUUACACUAAUUCUUCAAUUUCCAAGGAAAUCUUAUUAAAGUACAGCAGUUGAAAUUGUGCUUGAACCCACUAUCUGCUCUUUUUUUUGUGGUUUAGAAUCCCUGCGUAAGAAGGUUUGGUACGUGUCCGCAUUGGUGACUCGGGGAAAGUAAGGGAGUGCUGAGAAGUCUGUGGUUGCGUAUUCGAAAGUAUUUAUUGUCGUGCGGCAAUUUGAUUUUUUUUUGUCACCCAACUGGUUUUCAAGCGAGCACGGGACCUGUAGUGCAUAAUCUUCACUGCUUUUUCAGCAUUCGCAAGGUCUAUUACUUAGCUAUUUGCAACAAUUCGGAGAGUGUCGAAGAGUCUUAGUGAACGUGCUAUUUUUUCGGGAGUUCUUUUUUUUCUUUUAUCGUGGAGACGAUUUACUAUUUUGUGAAACGCGAAACGCAGCUUUUGCAGUAGUGUGUGCGUAUAGCUGAAGAGAAGACGGGAGAAUAUUCGCUUGGCGCAUUCUUCCGGUUUACCUGUGAAAAUUCUGGAACUCUCCGUACAUUUUAUGAUUAUUUUCUGAAGGCCGAUACCGUAUUCACUCGAAUGUAAGAGGUUAGUUUUUAGUGCAGCGUGGUAAAAUUGGCUUAGAAAAUUUGGGUGAAUUUUUUAUGAUAUCGGAUUCCAUCGUCGUUUCAUAAUCACCGAAGCGUGUCGUCAUGGUUCACUUGGUGGCUUGGUUUCUUCAAAAACUUGAAAAAAAAACUGACUCUCAUGCUGAAAAUUGUUAGGUUUUCUCUGCUUCAAUUUUUGCAUGAAAACGGUGUAAAUUCUUGGUCAGAAACAAACGCAAACUUAAUUUGCGAAUCUGAAACCACCUUUUUCAAGUUUUUGAGGAAAUCAAGCUGCCGAGUGAAACAUGACCACAGACUUCGAUGAUUUUGAAUGAAUUGAGUUGACUGGCAAAUUUUUUUUCACGGGCAGAUAAGUAGAUAAAUGUCAAAAUCGAUUUUGUUAUUUUCGAAUAAGUGCGGUAUCCACCCACUCCACGCAAGCGCUGCGAUUGCGGUAUUUUCCAUUUACUGUACUGAACUUCUGUUAUCAUCUUGACGCUGGGCUGCAUUUCUUCUUGUGUGUGUCAGUAUUCAUCAUUCCGUGCAGGAAUUACACGUUUAGAAAAAAGGGAAAUAAUUUAUAGUGUGCAUUCCAUUGUUCACUCUUGAGAGCUCGGACGAGGGUGUAAGCUUGGAUCGUAAUGGCUGUGAUGCCAACGCGUGCUUUAAACGGAAUGCCUGUUUAACUCUCGUGCGCGGUAUCUAAAAAAAAAUUGCUGUAAUUUGUGCUGAUUUGCAAGUGUUGAAUCGAAAGUUUUGUCACUGAAGCCCGCAUCUGGGGAAAUGAAUCUAUUUACGUAGUCGUUAACUUGAGUACAGCGCCCUGCAGUGGGGUUCGAGUUGGCUGAAAGCACUGUGUGUGUCUAUCCCCGAAUAUGAGAUGAACGAUGCGCUUGACGAAACUUUCGGAUCAACUCAUAUUUGUUGGUGUGCGCGCUGAAGAUAUUCAUGGUGAUCUUUAGAAGUUGAAAUCAUCACUUGUCAUUUUUUUUUUGCCAACGAAUGCGUUGGUACAACGGGUUUCCUUUGAGGGUGUUCGGGGUUAUCUCCGCGAGAUACUCCCGAUUUGCGAUACCGUGCGGUGGUUAUGCGAAUUUCUGUUGAAGUGUGUGAGAGAGUGGCUUAUUUAUAUUCGUUUUGCUUGAUCAACUGGUGAUCAAUGCACCUUGUGGUUUGCACGGAGAAACGAUUUUAUGCUGAACGAAUUAUACGUCUCAAGUGAUGGAUGCUGUGA